CCCUUUUCACGUUCUUUUGAACUUCCGCGUUCCAAAGUCCAAAGGUUUUUAGCAGUGUUUAGAUUACAAGACAGGAAUGGAGGUUCCUGGUAAAUUAGGUCUAGGAGAUCUCAAUGAUGAUGACUCGAAAUUAAUAUGUCUUCCAUGUGACAGUGAUGGUUUGAAGGAACGUGCUUAUGGCUUCUGCCAGGACUGCCAGGAGCAUCUAUGUGAAACAUGCUAUAAACAUCAUAGACGCGCUCGUCCAUUUAAAAACCAUGUACUCAUUGACAAAGAAUCAAUGCCAAAGACCCGGGUUAAUGCACCUACAAAAUCUGAGGAUACGGCCGACUUUUGCACGAAACACCAAGAUAAACCAUUAGAAUUCUAUUGUAGGGAUCACACAUCUGUGGCUUGUUAUGUGUGCGUUACAUUAGAACACAAACAGUGUAAUGUGGACUAUAUUCCUGAUGUUUCUGGAAACCUGUCAGAUGAGAUGGCCGAUAUAUUAGAACAAAUGGAAUCGUUGAUAACGAAAUGUAAAUCGAACGUAGAAUAUGUUAGCAAAGCUGCGCAAAAUCUAGACCAGAGUCAUGCGAAAGUUGUUGAAGAUAUCAAAGCUUUCAGAAAAGAAAUAAAUGAAUGUUUGGAAAGAAUGGAAACCCAGAUAUUAAAAGAAGCUAAUAUAAUUGUAAAAAAUGAAAAAUGUAAGCAGGAAACCGUAGAAGCUGCUUGCUUAGAGAUAACUAAAGAGCUUGAAUGUUCACAUUCGUUGUUAAGGUCAUUACAAGAACAGAACAAGCAAAAUAAGCUUUUUAUCGAAAUUAAAAACGCCGGAAAAAGUCUGCCAAUACUGACAGAUAAGGAAAAGAACAUACUGCAUGCAAAUACAACAAACAUAUGUAUUAAAUUUACCCGCAAUGAAAGCCUUAUAGAUUUUCUGAAUACUGAGAAUAACUAUGGAACAUUGUCAACAUUGGUACAAUCAUGCCCAGAUAGAACAAUAGAUUUACAAUAUAUGGAUACAAUAGACGUCAAAUUGAAAUCAGAAAAAGAAAAAUGUAACAUUACUGGUAUGGUUAUGAUUGCUCCUACGAAAAUGGUUGUUGCUGACAACAUUAACCAAAAUAUAAAACUGAUCGACGUUGAGAAAAAUGAAGUUGUAACUGAGGUUAAGAUGUCUUCAGGUCCCUUAGAUGUUACAACUCUUCCAGAAAAAAAACCUUGCUGUAACUUUGAUGAAUGAAACGUUUCUUCAGAUAUUGUCUUAUUCUGACGCGAAACUUUCAUUAGAUCAACGUAUAGAUGUGAAAGAAAAGUGCAAUGGUGUUGCUUAUGGCCAGGAUAAAUUGGUUGUCUCUUGCCGGGCAUCAAAGAAAAUAAUCAUUAUGAAUCUUCAAGGAGAAAUUCUCCAUGUUCUUGGUCCUCCUGCUUUAUUCUACGGGCCUCUCAGAGUUUUGAUCAGCAAAGAUGAAACGUCUAUAUGUGUAUCUCAUACGGAUUGGAGACAAAAUAGCAAGGUUUUGAAAAUAGAUUGGAAAGGAAAUGUUAAGACCGUUUUUCAAGAACCGAGAUAUAAAUAUCCUUACGGUCAACAACAAUUAGAAGAUGAGACUAUACUUGUGUGCUACAGAGACAGUAACACUAUUCUGAGACUGUCAAGCAGCUUAAAGAAAUGUGAUAUUAUUGGACUAGAGAAAGCAAACAUUUAUAUCCCAAAAGCUGUAACAUACUGUGACAGAGAACAAAAACUGUACAUAAGUUGUUCAUCAGAGGAAAACAAAUUCCAGACUGAUAUUGUUAAAGUAUUCCAUGUAAAGUGGAUAUAAACAUUACAAAAGAGUAUGUCGUCAUAAAAAAAUCUCUUUAUAGAAUUAAUAUUUUCUUUUCUUCGUAAACUGAAACUUGAUCGAUAAAUCAAAGGGCUGCAAGCUCUGCGGUAUUUUCUUAUCAUUGCAAUCUAAAUCGUACUAUAUAUAUGUAUGUAUUUUCCUGUAUAAGUUUAUUUUUAUAUACUAUAAUUCAUAUUACAGGGCAACGAGAUGCAGCGACUGAUUUAGAUUUUUUACUAUAACAGUACAUAGGAAUAUUGCAUGAUACAGUUACAUCAAAAAAUCAUUUAUGUUUAUUUUUUUUUGACAGCCACACUUUAUCCUUGCAUAUCGUGGCUACUUCCUUUAAAAAGACACUGAAAAAAAAUAGUUGCCUCGAUUGGGAUUUGAACUUCAGAGCUCUCACAUAGUCAGAUUUAUUUGUGUAAUACGCUCUAAAGUAUUCGGUAAUCGACAUCGCUAAAAUUAUCAUUUUCAUUGAUUAAAAUGAUAUUCAUCCGCGUUAUUUGUGAUUGUGCAUUUAUUGACAAUUCUAUAGCCAACGCUACUUUUAAACUUAAAAUGCGUUGUAAUAUGUUGGAUACUUGUAACAAAAUUAAAAUAUUUUUUCUUUUACAUCGCUAGUUUAAAGCUGUUUUGAGAACUACUUGUUGUUAGGUUUGUCUUGAAAUUAUGUGCCAGAGAUUGAAUGUCAGCCUUUUAUUUCCUGAUCUGCGAUCAGAAAAUACAAAAAUGACAUUCAUACAGUAAGACCUUGCAGUUUCAGGUUAUGUUUAGUGGCGAACAAUAUAGUUUUCAGUCAUUGAGCAAUGAGAUUUUUACUUGGCUCUAGCCAGUACACUUAAAAUGUAUCGGUAUAAGAUGAAAUAGGGUAAAAUUAUUAUUGAUUAAUUUUUUGUGUAACCAUUUCAGUCGUUAUCUAAAUUAUGAUGAUUAUAGAGUAAAUAAAUUUAUAUUUACAAGGGCUUUGGAUAAAGGAAAUACUUGAUGUACUUGGUAUUUUAUUGUCAGAGAAUAAAUAAAUUCGCUAAGACUAAACAUGUCAAUAACCAUUUUUACGCAAGAAAUAAGAACAAUUCACUGAAGUUAUUGAAAUAUCAAACAGCUUACUGAUGUGAAUGGAUAUCUUCUAGAUUAGCUUAAUUGGGACAUAUAAAAUUUUCAAACAUUCUUAUGCUGUUGAACACUAUUGUAAAAUUAAUUUACCAUUUCGUCAUAUAUAUUCUUCUAAGAGUAGUUGCAGUGUGACACCAAUUAGGUCAGAGACUGGGAAAUAUAAAAAAAAUCUUCCAAAAACAUAAAAGCAUGUCAGUUGUGUGAUAAUUGUGUUGAAUCAGAGCUGCUCCAUGUUAUGCUAAAAUGUCUAAUGUAUGUUAGAGAGAGACAAAUAAUGUUUGAUUGACCUGUAAUGUCAACUGUAAUUUUAAUGUGAUAAAUGAUUCAGAAUUU